AUGACUUCAAUCAUAAAACUAAAAGUGUUUUCUGGGGCAAAAGAUGAGGGACCGCUCUGUUAUCUGCUGCAGGUGGACAAUGAUUACAUUCUAUUGGAUUGUGGAUGGGACGAGCGAUUUGAAUUGAAAUACUUUGAAGAACUGAGGCCUUACAUUCCAAAAAUAAGCGCAGUACUAAUAUCUCAUCCGGAUCCUCUUCACCUCGGUGGUUUACCAUAUUUAGUAGCAAAAUGCGGGUUAACAGCUCCGGUAUAUUGUACAGUACCAGUCUACAAAAUGGGUCAAAUGUUCAUCUACGAUUUAGUCUACAGUCACUUGGAUGUUGAAGAAUUUCAACAUUAUUCGCUGGACGACGUUGAUAUGGCAUUCGAAAAAGUCGAACAAGUAAAAUAUAAUCAGACUGUUGUUCUGAAAGGAGACUCUGGUGUGAACUUCACAGCAAUGCCAGCAGGACACAUGAUUGGAGGAUCGAUGUGGAGAAUUUGUCGAAUUACUGGAGAAGAUAUUAUUUACUGUGUGGAUUUCAAUCACAGAAAAGAUCGUCAUCUCAGUGGAUGCUCCUUUGAUAACUUCAAUCGACCGCAUUUGCUGAUCACUGGUGCUCACCACAUCUCCCUCCCACAGAUGAAACGGAAGGAUCGAGAUGAGCAAUUGGUUACAAAGAUUCUAAGGACGGUUCGACAGAAAGGAGACUGCAUGAUUGUUAUCGAUACUGCUGGAAGAGUUCUUGAACUUGCAUAUCUUUUGGAUCAGCUAUGGGCAAACCAGGAUGCGGGUCUUUCAACAUAUAACCUUGUUAUGAUGUCUCAUGUUGCCUCCUCUGUUGUUCAAUUUGCAAAAUCUCAAUUAGAAUGGAUGGAUGAGAAACUCUUCAGAUACGAUUCCAGUUCAGCGAGAUACAAUCCAUUUACUCUGAAAAACGUAAACCUUGUUCAUUCACAUCUCGAAUUGAUAAAAAUCAGAUCGCCUAAAGUCGUUUUAUGCAGUAGUCAAGACAUGGAGACUGGAUUUUCCAGAGAGCUCUUUCUUGAUUGGUGUGCUGAUCAGAGAAACGGUGUGAUUCUGACAGCGAGACCAGCGUCGUUCACAUUAGCCGCUCGGCUCGUUGAGCUUGCCGAACGGGCGAACGAUGGCGUACUUCGAAACGAAGAUAAACAUCUUAGUCUGUUGGUAAGGAAGAGGGUACCAUUGGAAGGAGAAGAACUGUUAGAGUACAAGCGGAGGAAAGCAGAACGAGAUGCCGAAGAAACGAGGAUUAGAAUGGAGAGAGCCAGAAGACAGGCUCAAGCAAACGAGAGUGAUGACAGUGACGAUGAUGAUAUCGCUGCUCCAAUUGUUCCAAGACUCUCUGAGAAAGACCACCGAUCGUUUGAUGCUAUUGAGAAUGACUCACAUUGUUUCGAUAUUAUGGCUAAAUGGGAUAACCAGCAAAAAGCAUCAUUCUUCAAAUCAACGAAGAAAUCGUUUCCCAUGUAUCCCUAUAUUGAGGAGAAAGUGAAAUGGGAUGAUUAUGGAGAAGUUAUCAAACCUGAAGACUACACUGUGAUUUCUAAGAUUGAUAUGAGGAAAGGCAAGAAUAAGGAUGAGCCAGUGGUUGUUCAUAAGCGAGAAGAUGAGGAAGAAGUGUACAAUCCAAACGACCACGAUGAAGAGAUGCCGACAAAGUGUGUAGAAUUCAGAAACCGUAUUGAAAUUAGUUGUCGUGUAGAAUUCAUAGAAUACGAAGGAAUAUCUGAUGGAGAAUCGACUAAGAAAAUGCUCGCUGGUCUGAUGCCUCGCCAAAUCAUUAUUGUUCAUGGAUCGAGAGACGAUACACGUGAUCUCUACGCCUACUUUACUGACAACGGAUUCAAGAAAGAUCAACUCAAUACACCAGUGGCGAAUGAACUAAUCGACGCAUCUGUAGAAUCAUUCAUCUAUCAAGUAUCGUUGAGUGAUGCUCUGUUGGCAGAAAUCCAAUUCAAAGAAGUGUCAGAGGGUAAUAGUUUGGCAUGGAUUGAUGCGAGAAUUCAGGAGAAGGAAAGCAUUGAUAACAUGCUGGUCGCCGGAGCUUCCCAGUUGACGAUAGAAGACAGUUUACAAGAAGAUGCCGUGGAAGUUGUGGAAGAAGAUGUCAUCCCAAUGGAAACGUUUCAGGAUGAUCAAAACAAACAAGAGGCUUCUGAAGAAAAUGUUGCUGAAGGAGAAAAAUCAAACGGUCAAAGUAAAGAGAAUGACGAAAACGCGAGUUCAAUUCCAAUCGAGACACAACCCAAGAUUCGUGGAACUCUCAUUCUUACCCCUCUUCCCAAGAAACAGAUUCCUGUACAUCAAGCGAUUUUCGUCAACGAUCCAAAACUUUCGGAAUUCAAAAACUUGUUGGUCGACAAAGGAUACAAGGCAGAGUUUUUCAGUGGAACUCUUCUUAUCAAUGGAGGAAAGUGUUCGAUUCUCGUGGAGAGACUGGAUUCCAAAUGGAGGGUGCUUUCACAAAAGACUUUUACAAACUUCGGAAGUUGUUCUACGACCAGUUUGCUGUUUUGUAAAUGA